AUGGUCAAGGAUACUGCCCCCGCAGACGCCGACCAGCCCACUGCGGAACCUCAGGUCACUUACGCCUCUGGUAGAGUUGAGCAGCAAGGUCAAACUGAUUCACCACCUGAUUUGCGACUUCUCCAUUACAACGAUGUUUAUCAUCUGGACUCUUCAAGCGCAGAACCAGUAGGCGGUUUGCCAAGAUUCAUCUCCGUGUGCCGAGAGUAUCAAGAAGGCGAGCAAUACAAGGACCAGCCUCAAGCCCUGACUCUCUUCUCCGGGGAUGCCUUUAACCCCAGCUUGGAGAGUACCGUGACCAAGGGUCAACACAUGGUUCCCGUCCUCGAUCAUGUUGGGACCGAUUGCGCUUGCGUAGGGAACCAUGACUUUGACUUUGGCGUCAAGCAGUUUGAGCAUCUCUCAAGUCAGAACAAGUUCCCUUGGCUGCUCGCCAACGUCAUUGACCUUGAUAUUGGCAACGAUACGCCCCUGGGCCAUGCAAAGAAGACUCAUAUGAUCACUGCCUCCAACGGCAUCAAGGUUGGUCUCAUUGGUCUCGGUGAGCGAGAGUGGCUUGAGACUAUCAACAGUCUACCCCCCAAUCUUGAGUACAGAUCUGCCACCGCUGUUGCUAAAGAGCUUGUACCCAAGCUGCGAGAGGAUGGCGCCGAGAUUGUUAUCUGCCUAAGCCACAUGCGUGAGCCAAAUGACAACAAAUUAGCAGAACAAACAGAGGGACUUAUCGAUAUAAUUCUUGGAGGGCACGACCACUUCUACGCCCACAGCUUCAUCAACGGAACUCACGUGCUGCGAUCUGGUACCGACUUCAAGAACUUGAGUUACAUCGAAGCUCGCCGUCAGGAGAGUGACCCGUCCAAGUGGGAUUUUGACAUUUGGCGUAGAGACAUCGUCUCAUCUAUCAAGGAGGAUGAGAAGACGCUGGAGAAAGUUAACGAACUUACCUCCAAGCUAAACCACUCUCUCGCCCGACCUGUCGGAUAUACGGCGACUCCUCUAGAUGCUCGCUUUAGCACUGUUCGUCUUAAGGAGUCCAACAUUGGAAAUUUCGUUUGUGAUGUUAUGCGACAGCAUCAUAACGCUGAUUGCACUAUCAUGGCUUCUGGAACCAUCCGAGGUGACCAGAUCUACCCCCCAGGUGCAAUCCGCAUCAAGGAUAUCACGACCUGCUUUCCCUUUGAGGAUCCUGUCGUAUUACUCAGGGUGACAGGCCAGGCCAUCUUUGAUGCGCUGGAAAACAGUGUGGCCAUGUACCCUGCUCUGGAAGGUCGAUUCCCCCAAGUCUCCAACAUUCGUUUCGAGUUUGACCCAUCGAAGCCUAGAGGAGAGAGAGUGCAGUGGGCAGAGAUUGGUGGAAAGCCCUAUGAGCCUGAGAAGCUGUAUGUUCUCUGCACCAGAGGGUACAUGGGACGAGGAAAGGAUGGAUUCACUAGCUUGCUGGUCAAGUCUGAAGGUGGAGAUGCGGAGGAGAUUAUCGAAGAAGAGAACGGUAUUCUCAUAUCAGCCAUGCUGCGCCAGUAUUUCAUGGGUCUCCUCACAGUCGGACGCUGGAAGAACCUUGCCCAGCACUGGGUCAAGGUUGCUCAAAAGUGUGAAACGCCCGUGUCGCCGGUCCAGACCAAGUUCCAAGUCGACUUUCCUGACAUGAAGUCCGUCUCCAAGAACUUACCGAAAGACAAGCGCACCGAAGAAGUGGCGAAGAACACUAAGGAUCCUUGGUACAGGUUCCUCAAGCGCCGCUUCAGUCUUAAUGUCAAGCCCCACGAAGAGAACGAUAGCAGCGAAGAGGAGGCUGAAGAGAAGUCCGACCCCAUGGCUGAAGACUCGGAUGACCCGGACGGUGCAAAGCUUGACCUUGAGAUUCUGCUGAUGCGUAAGUUCUGGUCAAAAUGGGCCCUCAAGGCUGGAGUCAAGACCAGCAUCUGCGAUCCUCUCAAGGAGGGAGAGUACACGGUCGAUUGGACAACAUGCAUUGCUCCUGUGGUUGAGGGACGUAUUAUUAUGACGGGUGCUUCUACGCCGCAAAAAUAG